AUGACUUCACCAACUGCCACCACGACGCGCAGCGCUGACCACAUGUCUCGCAUGACUGCUGGUCUUGGUUCCAUCGACCAGUUCAAGCUUGGCAGCGGAGCAGCUCCUGCUGCAGCUCGGAGGUGCUCCGGCUCCAUCUGCAUCUCAACGACCCGGCAGCUCGGAGGAGCUACGCCUCCACCUGCAUCUCCAGCGGCCCAGCAACUCCCACUGCAGCUUGGAGGCGUGGAAUCGGCAGAUGGCACCACCCUUGCUUGUAUCCGCGACCCACUUGUUAUAAGGAGCAUUCUCAGUGAUAUUGGCGGUCCGAAUUCAAUACUCCUAGGAAAGGUAAUUACUAUUGCUUCCUCCACAGGUCCGAAUUCAGUACUGAAGAAUCUGCUAAGGUGGCAUCUGUCCAGGCUGUGCCGGCACUCCCUGAAGCUUGUGACUUUCCACAACAAGGGAGGCUCCAACAAGACCGUGGUGGCUGCCAUUGUUGCACAGCCAAGUCUCGAGGGCGGUGUUGAUACUUAG